AUGGCUGAUCUUCCAGCAGACAGAUUAGAACCUUCACCACCAUUCAGUAAUGUUGGUAUUGACCUCUUUGGACCCUAUUACAUCAAGGAAGGAAGAAAGGAGUUAAAGAGGUAUGGUGUGAUAUUUACCUGCUUGGUUAGUAGGUCAAUUCAUAUUGAAACUGCAAACACUUUACAAUCUGACUCUUUCAUAAAUGCUUUGCGAAGAUUUGUUUCUCGAAGAGGUCAUCCCAAGGUUAUCAGAUGUGAUAAUGGAACCAACUUCCAUGGGGCUGAGAGAGAACUUAAGGCAGCUCUUGAUGAGAUGGAGGAAAAGAAGAUUGAGAAGUAUUUGUCGCAUCAUCAUAUUGAAUGGAAAUACAAUCCACCUGCAGCAAGCCACAUGGGUGGUUGUUGGGAGCGCCAAAUCAGAACAAUUAGAAAGGUGUUGUCUGCACUGGUGAAGGAAUUUGGUGAAAGGCUAAAUGAUGAAAGUUUACGGACUCUGCUUUGUGAGGUUGAGAGCAUCGUCAAUUCAAGACCAUUAAGGUGGAGAUGCGUUCAAUAUCUGACCAACCUGUUUUGGUCAAGAUUUAGAAAGGAGUAUUUGAGCACUUUACAGACUAGACAAAAGUGGAAUGAACCGAGAAGAAAUCUAAUGGUUGGCGGCGAUGUGGUCUUGGUAAAGAGUGACAUUGAGCCAAGGAAUCAGUGGCCAAUGGGGCGAGUGAUAGAAGUAUACCCUGAUGACAAAGGAACAAUUCGCAGUGCCAAGAUUAAGACACCUUCUUCGGUUAUUGUCCGCCCUAUUCAGAAGCUAGUGUUAUUAGUUGAAGGCUAG